AUGAAGAAGAUUUUGAUUGAUCCCGAGCGUGAGGUGCGCUACCACUGCGCCACCUGCGGCGAUUUCGAUGCGUGCGAAGAAUGCCUGCUUGGCGAAGAGGUCUCCCAUCCUCACCCCCUCGCCAAGAUCAAGCCCAAGCUGCGCGCCAAGCUGUUGUAUAGCCUCAAGGACCCGAAGACCGGGAACACUCUCUUCUUGAGCAACUUCCCAGUUGCCAUUCCCGGCUCGACGCACCUUACACAGCACAACAUCAGGGCCGUGCUGUCGGUCAUCGAGUUCGACAAGGUCGACGGCACGUACGAGCUCGCGCAGAAAGCCUUUCUCCAGGGCAAGCACAUGCACAAGAGCGCAGCGACGAGUGGCGUGGUCUAUCACCACCUCAACAUACCCGAUCUUCAGAACCCGGCUCUGCUGGCUGACUAUGGCGCCUUCAAUGUCCUUGAGGAGUCAACAACGUUCAUCGACAAGGCCAUUGACAACGGCAACGUGAUCGUCCACUGCAAAGAAGGCCAGCGACGUUCGCCCACCAUGUUCCUUGCGUGGAUGAUCACGCGCGGAUUCGACGUCGACAAGGCCAUUAAGAUGAUCGGCAAGGACUACAACGAUCCCCACUUUGAAUGGAAGGACAAAUACGUCAAGACCAGGGCCUCGUGGAUCGUCGAGUUGAGGAAGUGGGAGAAGGACUGGAAGGCCAAGCAGGAGCGGUGGCUGCAGACCAAGGGCAAGGUGCUCGCGGAGGACUGGGACAGGCUAUUCCUCGGUGAAGCCUCCAUCGCUACCCGCGUACGAAGGAGAAAGAGGGCACCCGAGGAUGAAGAGGACGUCGACAUCACGCCUGACAUAGUGAUGCCGAAGCCACAGCAGCAACCCAACAUUGCAGGCGGAAAGAGAAAGAGGGAGGAAGCUCCACCUGCGGCAGGCGGCCAAGCCUCUGCUCGCAACAGGCUAAAUGACAUGCUUCAGCGCUUCGAGGACCUCGAAGAGCAGAAGGAGGUGCAAAAGAGGGCCGAAAAGCGCAUGCGCACCAACAUGGCCAAGGAGGCGGCCAAGGUCGAAGCAGCAACCAAUGGCUUCCUGAUGACUGCGGUUUCAUCUCAGGCCACACGCCGACGAGCCUUUGAGGAGAACCGGCGGAUGGCGGAGAACAUUGGCUUCCGUUCCACUGCUCAUACGCGCUCCCAUAAUCCUGGCCACAUGUGA